UCCACCACGCCAGUCUGCGCUUUCCUCACUCUGCGCAGCUAAGCAUCCCCUGCUUCGCAAGUACAAACCCAGAACCUCUGUACUAAGGGAGAAAAAAGAGAAACCAUGACCAUCCUUUUGAUGCUAAUGAGCGCAGUUUUUUUUUGCUUCACAUUUUUGUUCUGGAAAAAGCGAUUUCAGAUAAAGAGACUCUAUAGUAGACUGUCAUCAAAUUCAACUGCUCUUGCACUGAUAAAAACAAGUACUUGCUCAAGUCACAGCAGUACUUCCAAACCUUCAGUCAAGAAUCUUUCUCAGGAUACGUUAAAGCACUUCCCACAUUCGAUGACCCUACGCAAGAGAAUAUUGGUGAAUCUCAAAGUCAUGCAAAAUCAGCUGAAUGAAUUGGAACAACUACUAAUUAUAAAGGGCUUAAAUGGUGCAGUAUUAAACCAGCAACCCACAAAAAAGGUUGCAAGGUACAAGGUAUUUCCCCGCACUCAUUAAAGGCAU